CGACAGUCUAGUAUGGCGGUAUCUGGCGGUUGCUGAAAGGAGUUUGUAAUUCUUCCCACAAUGCAACGCGCACUCCGCGGGAAACCAAAAUGGCGAAGGGCUGCAAGCGAACCGGGCUGCCUCUGUGCCGCUGGUAACCGAAGAUCGGAAAGUUAGGAACCCGUUGUGCCGCCAGCUGAAGGGCAACCACCAGACGGCUAAUACGUUUAUAGGGCUCUCUUCUGUUUUAGCGGUAGUGAGCGCGCCGCACUACCGAAGAGACCGAAUGAGAGACGCAACUGUGGUGGGCAAGUCAUUGGUCCUUAAAAGAUCCACUUUCCGUCGACAUCCAAAGGCUGUUGAGUCCUUGACCAAGCUGUGUGUACGGCAUGGAACGAUACCUAAGAGACAAAUAUGUAAAUUUGAAGAAGGUCAAGAUGUCCUAGCAAGAUGGUCAGAUGGAUUGUUUUAUCUUGGAACUAUCAAAAAGAUAAAUAAGUUGAGACAGAGCUGCUUUAUCUUAUUUGAAGAUAGCUCAAAAUCGUGGGUACUCUGGAAAGAUAUACAGACAGGAGCCUUUGAAAGUGAGGAAAUGGUUUGUUCAAUAUGCCAAGAAGAAUAUUCUGAUGCACCAAAUGAAAUAGUUAUAUGUGACAAAUGUGGCCAAGGUUAUCAUCAGUUGUGUCACACUCCAAAAAUUGACCCCAACGUGAUAGAAACAGAUGAAAAAUGGCUUUGCCGGCAAUGUGUUUUUGCAUCUACAACAAAGAGAGGAGGCGCACCGAAGAAAGGGCCCAAUGCAAAAGCUUUGCAAGUCAUGAAGCAGAGUUUACCAUACAACUUGGAAGACUUGGAAUGGGAUAUAGGCCAUAAAACCAAUGUACAGCAAUGUUACUGCUACUGUGGAGGUCCAGGAGACUGGUAUUUAAAGAUGCUUCAGUGCUGCAAAUGUAAGCAAUGGUUCCACGAGGCCUGCGUGCAAUGCUUGGAAAAACCUAUGCUCUUUGGGGACAGAUUUUAUACGUUUAUUUGUUCAGUCUGCAAUUCUGGACCAGAAUACCUCAAACGUCUAUCUUUGAGAUGGGUAGACAUAGCACACCUAUGCUUAUACAAUCUAAGUGUUAUUCACAAGAAGAAGUACUUUGAUUCAGAACUUGAACUUAUCACAUACAUAAAUGAUAACUGGGAUCGAAUACAACCUGGAGAGCUGGCUGACACACCAAGAUCAGAAAGAUAUGAACAUAUUCUGGAUGCAUUAAAUGAAAAUAAAACAAUGUUUAUGUCUGGAAAAGAAAUUAAGAAAAAGAAACAUUUGUUUGGCUUGAGAAUUAGAGUUCCUCCAGUGCCUCCUAAUGCAGCAGUUAAAAUGGAAAAAGAGGAAAGUACAUCUCAUGAGUUCAAGAUUAAGGGCAGAAAGUCUUCAAAGGUUACACCUGUCACAAAAGAGAUAAACAAUGGUGAGGUGAAAAAGAGGAAACCAGUUGGAAGACCACCAGGUUCUCACAGGAGAAAAAUUUUGCAAAAUGAGCCAUGUGAAACCCCAUCUCUGGCAAAUAACAUGGAUACUGAACCUGUAUCAGAGAAUUCCUUGUUAGAUACACCAGAACAAAGAAGCAGGAAACCGGAGGUGACCAAUUCAUCAUCCAGUAACUCAGAUUUAGAAACCAGUGGUGCUGUCAGUGCAAAAGAAACUACCUCAUCUAUUGUUUCCAGUCCUCAGCCUGACUUCAGGAGGGUGACCCGCACAGGCCGGACCUGGCCUGCUUCAAUACCACCACAGAAAAAGAGGGGACGCCUUCCACGGAGAGCUCUGCAGACUCACAAUUCAGACCUUACAAAGAAUGAUGAAAGCAAAGAAGAUUUGCAGCCUGCUGGACUCAAUACAGAUAUUGUUAAAAACUUGACUGAGCAGGACUUACAGUUGAAUCAUUUGAAGAAUUCCAUUACUAAUUAUUUUGGUGCUGCGGGCAGGAUAGCAUGUGGUGAAAAGUAUCGUAUUUUGGCACGCCGAGUAACGCUUGAUGGAAAGGUGCAGUAUCUUGUAGAGUGGGAUGGGGCAACUGCCUCCUGAAUUCGUUCCAACUGUGCGAUAUGAAGAGGAUAUAUAGCUUCUUGUACUGUAAGACCAUUUAUUUAAAAAGGUGCCUGCAAGCCCUGUGGUACAAAAGGUCUCUCAACAUGCUCACUGCUGACCCUGUAAUACAAAAUGCCCACUGGGGUGGCAAUUUUACUGCAUUUGUUUCACAAUUUGUGCCACUGUUUACCAGAGGGAACACUGCUUUUAACCAAAUAUCUGCAACAGUGCACAUUUCUGAGAAUCUGGUUUACAGUAUUUCUAAUCAAACCUGUUAAUGUAUUGUGUAUGUAAUGUGGCUUUCAUGUUUAGCAAGUAUUGCCCUCUCUUCUACCGAAGAGGCUUGCAUCUUAUUCUUAUGCAGGCCUGUCUGGCAGACAAAGAAUUUCCUGUUUUAAAGUGUUUAAAAGCCGAAGUGCCACCAUAGCUGCAACUCUCACCCAUCCAACCAGUACUUUUUCUACACUGCAGUCAUUUUUAAAACAACCUCAAAAAUGGAAUUUAGAAUGGCAUUGUAGAGCAGGCCAGCUCCAGGGCUAAAAACUGAAUGAACCCAAAACCAAAAGAGUUUAACUUAAAAAAAUAAAUUAGCUUUACCCGAAGCAAUGGUUGAGUUAUACAGAAAAUGGGAUAUAAACACAUUUACCUCUUCCAUUUAGUAGAAUCCAAAGAAAAUUUUUGUUAUGAACUACAGAGUUGCGCUGUAACGGCUGUUACCUAGGGGGUUAUAUUAAUUUUCGUUAAGGAACACAGAAAUUGGCACACACUCUGUACAUGGCUUGGCUCUGUAAAAAAAAAAAAAAAAUCAUACUACGUUGUGCCUUUUCAAAGCCAUUUCCUUUUUCUAAGCAUUUUUGGGGGUCUUUCCAGCCUACAUUCACCAGGGGUUGUUGGCAUUGUUUUUAAGCCUAUGGUUUCCAAGAGCUAUAAAUCCAGCUGUUAAGCAGCUUAAUGACUGGUGAUGUCUGUAGAUUAUUCUGCUUCACUUCUCUGUACUUCUGUGCUCUUACUGUUACUGGAUGGCACUAUGGCUUUACACAAUGUAUUUAAGACUUUUAACUUUGUAAAUUGUCUGUGUAAGUAGCAAGUUGUUUUAAAAGGUGAUCUAUGCAAAAUUGUACUUAAAUGUGAUUAGGAGAUUAUUCAGUUUCAAAAACAAAUGCAAAGACUAUGUCAGGACAAAUGCAGUAUUUUACACAGCAGAGGCUUCCUCAGGACCAUUUGGUGCUUUCACUUGCCCAAUUCUAGGACAAAUACGAGACCAGCACAGGCCAGAGUAAUCGGUCAUAUUUGUUUCUGUAAAAUGGUUGCAUUUUUUCCCCUCACUUUUCAAUUAGAACUGAUUUUAAUAUAUAUAUAUUUUAAUAACAAUUUAUUGAUCGUUUUGGGAUUCUAUUCAGCAGCGUUUUGUGCCUAACUAUGAGACCUAUGCCUCAAAUGUACAGUGUUACUACUGAAUAGAAUCUUACAUGUUUUUUUUUGUUUUUUUUAAUAGCAAUGUGUUUAAGGAAAAAAUUAAAAUGAGCAAAUUGCUGGUAACGCAUUAAUUAUUAAUGGAAGAGUUGGUGCUGCAAAUCUCCCACAGUCAUUUUUUCCCUGUGUCUGGCAGUUUGUACAUACAUAGCUAUUCUUGUCCUUGAGGGAAAGGAAAUAAAAAAAAUGUCACAGCAUGAGGUGCACAUAUUGUAUACUAAUAGGUUUUAUAUCAGGAGAUCAGCACUAUAUGAAUGCUAGGAAGAGUUUCAGUAUGUCCUUCAAAUUUUUUUACAAUUUUAUUUCUGAUAAAUCAGUUUCUUAUGUUAAGUGUACAGUACAUGCCUAUGUCAGUUUGGAUUGAUUUCCUUAUCUAGAAAUUCAAAUUACUGAUUUAAAAAAAAUGGUUUCAUCUUAUUUAAGAAAGUAAAAUUCUACCUUGAAACACA